AUGCUGAUUACAGAUGGGGCGCCCGAAGAAUUCACAGAACUAUUUGAGAAGUUUAAUCCUGAGGUAGGUCUAAGCCCAGUUAACUGAGAAUGGACGGGACUGCUUCUCUGCUAACUGAGCAUUCGCUCUUUUUAGAAAAACGUCCGCGUUUUCGUCUAUUUGUUGGGUCAGCACUCCGCAGAUGAAACCAUCGUACAGAGAAUUGCUUGUCAAAAUCGAGGUAAUUGCAUUGUUUACUGGUUCCUAACUUUCACCUUUGCAGGUCUCAGCUCAAGUGUUGCUAAUUUGGCCGAUGUGAAGGAAAAUGUUCUCGUAAGUGGUCAUUUGUCAUAGACGCCCUGGUUAUUUCCUACGCCCGUUUGCUUUCAUUAAUAAAGCUUUUGUUCUGGCCUUCUGGCCUUCAUUUUGUCUUGCGAAGCCAAAAUGUAUUUCAGGUUUUACAUUUGAUGACUAUCGUGCUUCCGAAUCAACACAAAUAUAAAGUUUGAUACCAACAUAUGCAGCAAUAGGGUAACGUCGUAAUUUGCUAAGGUACUAAUCUUGUGAUCUUUACCGAUAAGUUAGUUAAAAAAUAUCACCCAAAAAUGGCUAAAGUUUUGCUAACGAAGACAUAUUUAAUUUCAUAUUUCUGUUCAAAAAAUCAUUACCUUUGGCCUAGGAAUAGAAAUUCGGUUUUAUAUUGGUUUAAAUUAUUUUAACACUUAACUAUAACAGCAAAAAAGAAUAAAGUAUAUGUCCGCAAAGGACACCUGUUUCCAUUUAUCUAGAUGUAUGUCUUUUGUAGCAUUUGUAGGGCAGAAAUUAUGGCGUCCUAUUAACCUUCAGCUUAGACCUUGUAAAUACGAAUAAUAUGCUUCUGAUAUGCUUGAAAAUCUUGAUUUUUCAGUUUGAAAACUCUGUAACUAUUUCGCCAGACGUUUUAAUUCGGCGCAAAAUUUUGGAUAUGCAAUCCUUUAGAAACCAACAGUCCCAAAAUAGGAUUUUUGUUUUAGAAAUAUUUGGACAUCGUCGCCCGUUCUAAUGCCAUUCAGAAUGACUCGUUCAACAGUUGGAA